AUGGUGACGGUGCUCGAGGCCAUCAACGAGCCCGUGCGCAUCACAGACGUUGUGUCCACUGUCGAGACGGGUCUUGUUGGCGGCGUCACGGCGCCGGCCCCCGCGACGGCGGACGACAAGCUGCUGUACGUGCGCGCCGUGACCAAGGACGCCAACUUUGCGUCGGCGAGCGUGCCCCGUGUGUGCCCCGUGCAGUUUGUGUCCGUGACCAAGCAGGUCGUGAGCGGCAUCAAGUACAUUUUUAUC